ACGUCCACGCUCUUAGCGUAUUGAUAUUCACUGUCACUGCUCAUAAUCAUUUUACCUACAAUGGCUGGUGGUAUUCAAAACAUUACAUCCGCAGCAGAGUUUGACGGUAUCGUCCGUUCAUUACCCCCCUCACGUUUGCUCGUCGCAGACUUCUAUGCCCAAUGGUGUGGACCUUGCCACGCCAUCGCGCCUGUAUUAGAGCAACUGGCUGGCGCUUAUAAGCAUGUUACGUUUGUUAAAAUUGACGUAGAUCAACAAAGAGAGCUUGCCUCAAGGUUCAGGAUAACUGCUAUGCCCACUUUCAAACUCUUGAAAGGCGGUAGAGAGGUUGACCAGCUGCGAGGCGCCUCCCCUCCUCAGCUCAGCCAAUUGGUCUCUCGGCACGCGGGGACUGCGCCCCCGCCCACAGCGACCGCUAGCUCCGGCUCCAAAUCGCAAGUAGCUACAGGUGAAAUAACGGAAUCUCUCCUCAAGCAGGUCAUAUCAAAGGGACUCAACUGUCUCAAUGAAGCCAAAGAACAUCCACUAUCUUCUAUCCUCGGACCUGAAAAGGGUCCUCGAGGCAACUCCUACCUUGAAUCGGAUGUUGAUCCUGAGCUCCUUAUAUCUAUACCUUUUCAAGAUGCCGUUAAGCUGAAAGCCAUCUCAAUCUUUUCCGGUAUCAGCCCUUCUCAAGCACCCAAAACAGUGAAGCUGUUUAUUAACCAGCCCAACAUCGGCUUCGAUGAUGCGGAAAACGAGGCGCCUGCCCAAGAAUUGAUUUUGACCCCAGAGCAAGUCAAAGGAGACAGAAUUCCAUUGCGAUACGUGAGGUUUCAGAACGUGAGAAGCUUGCAUAUCUUGGUAAAGGACAAUCAGGAGGACGAGGAGACCACCAGAAUUGACUCAAUUGACGUGUAUGGUGCUCAGGGUGAAAAACUCGACGCCGGUGUCACUUCACAGUCUUCUGCUGGUACCGGCAGUAUGCUCGAGAAGCUCUUAGCUUCGGGUAAAUAAUUAUUACACAUCGUUCGCGCCAUUAAUAUAAGUGUUUGGGUCACAUCUCCCCAUGUAGCUAAGCCCAAUGUCUUUCCUGUUUUAUACAAAGAACCUGGUAUGGUAAUAGAAACUGCUUUGUCAUGGAGUUGAUCAUUCCUUUCGAUAUGAGUAUAGACGUGUACAUGUAAAUCGAAUGAC